GACUCACCCAAAUAAUUUCUUUGAACAGUAAAUUUCCUUGUGUUAUAAGGUUAGGGGUUUCAGAGCUUUGUUUAGUAUUCUCAGUUCAUACAUUGUAAGUUUUAAACAUGGCUAGCAAUGAUUUAGCAGGUACUUUGGAAGGUGAGGUGAAGUUAGAGUCAAAAGGUGAUGAGUUCUUCCAUGUCAUUGGAGGUAAAGCUCACCGGCUUCCGGAUCUUAUCAGUCAUGGGAUUCAGAGUAUUGGCCUGCAUGCCGGUGACUGGAAAACUGAUGGCUCUAUUAAGAAUUGGACUUACUUCAUGGAUGGAAAAGUGGAGUCAUUCAAAGAGAAACUGAAGGUUGAUGAAGAGACUAAGACCGUGACCGCGGAAGCCAUAGGUGGAGAUGUGAUGAAGCAUUACAAGAAGUAUAUAAUCACUAUCAAAGUUGUUCCCAAUGAAGAUGGCUCCAAGGUUGCGAAAUAUUCCAUUGACUAUGAAAAGCUGAAUGAGAAUGAUCCUACUCCAACUAAGUACCUGGAAUGGAUUGGUCAAAUGAUUAAGGAUUUGGAUGCUUCCCUGGCCAAACCAAUUUUCGGAAUUCUCUGAAAUUCAAAUCAAACCACAGUGGACUACGUGAAAAUGAAUUGGGAAACUGUGUAUUAUUUGUUAUUGUUUGAUGAAUUGCUAAAUCGCAAGGCUUAGUUUGCAAUAUUGAAGUAUUAUAUAAUAAAGCCUUGUAUAUAUAUGUUGGUGUGUAACAUGAUGUUGGUUUGUAAUAUUUUACCUUUCAAGCCGCUGGAUCUUGGGGCCUUCCAAUUUAUUUUGUAAAUGAUAAUGCACAUGUUUUGGUUGCUUCAAGAUUGAUUUCAUACACGUUUAUUGGAUGUAUGAUGUAAGUCAUUUCAAAGUUAAUUUUAAGUUCUAUUCUAG